AUGAAGGCAUCUUUCCUCUGGGCUCUGGCCCUCAUUGCGCCGACUAUGGCCGCUGAGAAGCUCCUCUACAGCAACCCGCUCAAUUCGACGGCGGACGUGGCAACCUGGGUGGCCGAAGGUCCCGUCAACGCGACGGCCGUCGACGGCGUGCUCGAGCUCUCGGGCGGCGGCACCAUUGACCAGCACUUCGUCUUCUGGGCGCCCGAGGUCUUCCCCGAUCGCAUCCGCAUCACCUGGGAGUUCUCGCCCCGCAACGAGCCCGGCCUCGCCAUCUUCUUCUUCGGCGCCGCCUCGGUCGCCGGCGGCAGCAUCUUCGACAAGAGCCUCAAGCCCCGCAACGGCCAGUACCCGCAGUACCACUCGAGCGACAUUCGCACGCUGCACGCGUCCUACUUCCGCCGCCGCUGGCCCGAGGAGCGCGCCUUGCACGUCGCCAACCUGCGCAAGUCGCCCGGCUUCAACCUCGUCGCCCAGGGCGCCGACCCCAUCCCCCCCGUCGUCGACGCCGCCGGCGCCUUUUACCGCGUCACCGUCAUCAAGGACAAGCGCGAUGUGCAGUUCCUCGUCAACGACCUGCCCCUCUUCUCCUUCCGCGACGACAAGUCGACCGGGCCCGUCGUUCGUGACGGCCGCAUUGGCUUCCGCCAGAUGUCGCCGUUGGUGGCCCGCUACAGGAACCUCCAGGUGUGGAAGCUCUAG